AUGGAACUUCAGUAAUUCCUUUAAAGUUUAAAAAGUUAAUAAUAGAACUACUAGCCAGAUAUUUAACAAGUUAAAUUUUCACAAAGCUAAGCUUAAAAUGAAUAUGAUGAGCAAACUUAGAAUUAGGCUAAAGAAAUUAAAUUUAAAUUACAAAAUGGAGAAACUUAUUUUAUUGAAGUAAAAAAAAAAGAUACAUUGAAUAAUGUAUAGAUUGCUAUAUAAAAAACAACAGGAAUUCAAUAGGAAGAAUAAAUUUUAGUUUACAAAGAUCAAAUUUUAAAUCAUGAUUAGACAUUUUUGAAGUAAUUAAUAGAUUACAGCAUAUAAGUUUUUGUUUUUAUUAAAUCACAAAUAAAAAUCAAAAUUGAUAUUAAAGACUAAAAAAUGAACACUUUUAGCAUAAAUGCAGAUUUAAUCACUAAAAUAGAUUAAAUAAAAUAGCAAGCAAUUAAAAUCACUGGUCUUUAGUCAAAAAAGUACCAUUUAAAAUAUAAUAACAAAGCUUUAAUAAAUAAAGAAUUUAUUUUUUAAGUUUGCGGUACUUAAUAAUAAAAUAUAACACUUUAUUUGGUAGAAAAAGAUCCUAAAGAAAUAAUUACAAUCAAUGUUAUUAUUACUCAAGCUUAAGAAGAAAUAUUUCUCUUAGAAAAAAUUCCUAUACUAAUCUAACAACUUAAAAUUAAUGAUAAAAUUUUAAGUGAUUCUUAUGAUACAUCUACUUUAAGCGAACUUAACAUUAAAUAAUAUUCAAAUAUAUUUGUCAUAGUUGACUAAAAUGAAGGCAACUCUGCAUGUUUUGUUCAAAACACUUUAGUUACUCUAGCAAAUGGUGAGAAGAAAAAAAUAAAAGAUAUUUCUGUUGGAGAUUAAGUAAUUAGCUAUAAUUAGGAAGAUUAAAUAAUUGAGGUAGAUGUUGUGCAAGAGGUUAUGAAAUUCAAGGCUAAUAUAUUUUGCAACAUUUAAUUAGAAAAUUCAAAUAUUAUUUGUACAUUAAAUCAUCCUUUUUAUAACCCUGAACAAAAAACAUGGAAAUGUGUUUAUCCUGGUGGAAAUUCUACUUAAAAAAAUUGCUUAAGUGUUAAUGAUUCGCUAUUGUUAUAGGAUAAAUCAAUAUCUUAUAUAAAAAAUAUUGAUUUUUUUACUACUGAAGAAAAAUUUAUCACUGUUUAUCAUUUAACCAUUUAAAAAAAUCAUAAUUUUUUUGUAAAUGGAGUUCUUGCUCACAACAAGUAAUUAUAUGCCAAAGCAUUAACUGGGCAUAUUGUUAUUUUAGAUGCUGAAUCUGAUGACACAAUUUUAAACCUAAAGACUCAAAUAUAAGAUUAAAUAGGUUUUCCACCUAAUUAGUAGAGGUUUCUAUUUGCUGGUAAAAUUUUAGAAGAUGAACGUACUGUAGGUGACUAUAAUAUGAAAACAGGAUCAACAAUAAAUUUAAUUUUAAAUUUAAGAGGUGGCUGUUUUGUCUCUAACACAUAAAUAACUAUGGCAGACAAGUAAAAAAAAUUUAUAAAUGAAAUACAAGAAGGAGAUUUAGUAAGAAGCUAUAGUAUCACAGAUGAAACUUUUCAACAAAAUGCUGUUACAAGCAUUGUCAAGCACGAGGCCGAUUAAUUGUGUUAAAUAAAUUUUGGAAAGUAACAUGUGGUAUGUACAGUUAACCAUAGGUUUUAUGAUCCAGAGAGCAAAUUAUGGAAAUCAGUUUGCCCUCAUCCUGGCUCCGGUAUCAGCUUCUUAAAAAAAUACGACUACUUGCUUUCUGAAGAAGGUGAAAAAUUAUAAAUUACAGAAAUUAAAACAUUUACAACUAAAUAACCUGUGUUUAUAUAUCACAUACAAGUAGAAAAUAACCACAAUUUUUUUGCAAAUGGUGUUUUAGCCCAUAAUAUGCAAGUUAGUAUUGAGUUCUAGAAUGGUGAAAAGCUAAAAUUUAAUGUCCAACCUUCUCAUAAAAUUUUAGAUAUUAAAGAAAUGAUCUUUAAAAAGACUAACAUAAACGUAAAAGAUUAAAGUUUAAAAUUUGCUGGAAAUGAAAUGAUAAAUUAAAAAACGUUAUCUGAUUAUUCAAUUAUUGAUAGUACAGAGGAAUUCACUCUCCAUCUUGAAACAAAACUAGAUUUAAUGGCUUCUUAAAUUUGCAAAGAAAUAUAUGCUCCUAGUACUGCUUAUAAACAAGAGAUGGCAUAGUAUGCAUAACUUAGAAUUAUUACUCCAAAUUGUAAUUACUUUUUUAAUUCCAAAAAAGAUAAAAAAUUCUAAUAGCUAGAGGAAAAAAUUAAGCUAUUAAUUGAAGAAGAUUUUUUAAUGAUUUAUGGUGGAAAAAUCAUAAGAGAUAAACAUGCUUCACUUUAAGAAUUUGAAAUAAAUCAAAGCUAUGAAAUGAUAGUUAUUUCAAACUCUAAUGGUGGAGAGUAAAUUAAUUUAUUUGAUAAAAUAUAAAAUCUAAGCCAAAAUUAAUAUGACUGGACUGAUGCUAUUCUUCAAACUUAUAGUAAACAAGUAGUUAAUGAAACAUUUUAAUUUGUAAGAAACUACAUACAGUAACUAAAAGUUAAUGAAAAAAUUAAAAAAAUUACUUUUCCUAUAACAGUUUGGACAUCUAACCUUUUAUACUAACAACUCAAUUAAGCUCUUUCGAACAAUACGUAUUCUAAUUGGCUUCCAUAUUUAAGAGAAUUUACAAAUAGUAUCAAGUACUUCCCUUACUAUUAAGGUAAAGCUUAUAGAGGAAUUAAAAAAUUUACUUACUAAAAAUUUAAUUAUUAAAUUGGAAAAUAUGUUACUUGGAAAAACAUCAUAUCUUUAUCCAUAUCUGAGGAGCAAGCCAGAAAAUUUAGCAGUUAAGAAGGUGCUUUAUUUGAAGUUGACGUUAUAAGUGCUAAAUAGAUUUAUCCAGUUUCUAUUUUUAAAGAUGAGCAGGAAGUAUUGCUUUUACCUUUCUCAUGCUUUUUAGUUAAAUCGAUAAGCUAAUAAGAAAACGGUCCGAUGGUAAUUAAGAUGUAAGAAAUUUGUGUCCCUAGAUCUAUUUAAGUAGUUAUUUGGGUAGAUGACAAUCCUAUUAACAACUAUAAAAUCGCAAGCUAAAUAGAAAUAUAAAAUCCAAAUGUAAGUAUUGUAUUUUGUAAAACUACUUUAGAAGCAGACAGGAUUUUAAAUCAAUUCAAGUGGAUAGCACAUUUGGAACAAUCUGCAAUUAGGAUUAUCUCAGAUAUGGUUAGAAUUGAAGAAGAUGGCAAGACCAAUUAAAACGCAGGAUUAGAACUAGCAGAACUUUUCUUUAAACAAUUAAAAUACAACACAGAAAUCAUGAUUUUUUGUAGUAAUGUAGAAUAGGCAAAUAAAAAUUUAAAAGAAAAAAAUUUAUAAGAUGCCAGAAUAAUAAUAACGAGCUAAUAAGACAAAGUCAUAAAAUUUGCUUUAUUCUAAAGUUGA